AUGGGUUGUCUUAACUCCACCAGUGGAAAUGAGACUUUGUCUGGCAGGCAGCCGUACACUCUGCAGACCUCCGUGCCUCUGACGAUCCUGGUGGGCAUCCUCAUCCUGCUGACUGUUUUUGGAAACGUCAUGGUAGUCAUCGCUGUGACAACAAGCCGAGCCCUGAGAGCACCUCAGAACUUGUUUUUAGUCUCUCUGGCGUCUGCAGACAUCCUGGUUGCCACCUUGGUUAUGCCCUUCUCUUUGGCAAAUGAACUGAUGGGUUACUGGUACUUUGGCAAGGUGUGGUGUGAGAUCCAUCUGGCUCUGGACGUGCUCUUCUGCACCUCAUCCAUCGUUCACCUGUGCAGCAUCAGCCUGGACCGAUACUGGUCUAUAACUCAGGCGAUUGAGUACAACCUGAAGAGGACGCCGCGCCGGAUUAAAGGCACAAUCUUCAUAGUUUGGGUGCUGGCGGCCAUAAUAUCAUUCCCUCCACUUAUCACAAUGAAAAAGGACGAAGGUGAAGAGGACAGACCUGAAUGUAAAAUUAACGAUGAGAAGUGGUACAUUAUAUUCUCCAGCACUGCCUCCUUCUUCGCCCCCUGUGUCAUCAUGAUCAUGGUGUAUGUCAGGAUCUACCAGGUUGCCAAGAAAAGAACCAGAUCCCUGCCAGGUGAGAGGCAACGCCAGAAUGGAAACUUAAGAGACACUAAGUGCGGUUUGGACCCCGUGGAGGGAAAGGACAUGGAAGGGAGCGAGGUGGAGGCUGGGGAGGGCGGAGAGGUCAACGGGUUGGACAUGGAAGAGGAACCCUCCUCUUCCGAUGGAAAUGAGACCGUCCUGUGUUCCCUGAAGAAGAAGAGGGGUCUCAGAGCAACCAAAGUGGCUCAGGUGACGCAGGGAGAGGCGCCUCCGAAGCCGGAGGUGCCGCCCAGUGUGAGAGCGAGCAGGUGGAAAGGACGACAGUACCGAGAGUGGCGCUUCACGUUUGUUCUGGCCGUGGUCAUGGGAGUGUUCGUUCUCUGCUGGUUCCCCUUUUUCUUCACAUACACGCUCACUGCCGUGUGCGACUCCUGCUGCGUCCCAGAGACACUGUUCAAGAUGUUCUUCUGGUUGAGUUAUUGCAAUAGUUCCGUUAAUCCUUUAAUAUACACUAUAUUCAAUAAUGACUUCAGGAGGUCAUUUAAAAAGAUCCUUUGCAAACGGGACAGAAGAGGCUUAUAA